AUGACCCUGUCAAAAGCGUUUCUGCUCUCGAAACGAGAUAGGAUGACUGGCCUGUUAUCGCUGAUGGAUUUAGUGAAGCGAAGACGGGAUCAGUUUCAACGUGAAAGCUACUCAAUUAUAUUGCAGUUGAUGGGCUUCCAUGUUCCCCUUGUACGGCAUAUCACGUCGCAGGCAUCUUAUAGCCCAUAUAGUCUCGCUCGUAGUAACGGAUGA